GUCCAUCGCAGAGGAUAUAUAAUUGGUGUAUUAAUUUUGAGUAUUCUUUGUGUUGCGAUAAUUGUUGCUUCUGUGGCUACUAAUAGCUGGAUAUCCGCGCCUGCUAGGGAAGAAGUACAACACGACUAUACUCACAUACAUUAUGGAUUGUUCAGAGGAAAAUUGAAAUUCAACACGUUUGAGACGCCAGUUGAGAAUACAUUGUAUAUGGUAUGCGUGAGUGACAUGGGAGCUUGCGCUUUGAGUUGCAAGACCGAAAAGCAGGCCAGAAAGGAGGAGGUGCGAGCCUUAGCACAAGGUCGGCGACCAGAUCCAGCCUGUAUUUCUGUUACCAAUAUUGAAGAAGGCGAAGUGGAUACACCCGUGAUAUCAUUCGCACUCUACAUAUCAGUUGUACUAUUGCUAUUUCUACAACUGGCUUUCGCCGUCGUCUCCGCAUGUCUGGCCGCCGUUAACGUAGUGAAAAACCCAACUGAAGCUGUUUUUGGUUUACCAGGAUGCCUCUGGUGUAACGUAAUGACAGCAGUCCUCGGUAUCGCAGUGCUGUUGACCUUUGGCAUCUACUAUACCGUGUCAAGGCUACCAUAUCAUAUGGCCGUGGGCUAUGUUGCUUUGGGAUAUUUUUAUAACUGGUGGCCGAUACUAUCGUACUCGUAUUGGAUCCUAACUGGUGCCGUGCUUUGUUCUGUAAUAAACGUGGUUCUUCUAGUGGUGAGACGGUAUCUGCUGGAACGGGAUCCUCCAUCGCCCACAAUAAAGGUGGAAAAUAAUUCCGAUGACAAUACAGUCGUAAAUUUAUAAUAUUAUUUUAAGCAAAUGUUUAUUAAAAUGAAAGUUUCAAAAAUAAAUUCUAAACAUUAUUAUUUGUUUCCCGCUGGCAACUCGUGACUAUGGAGCAAGUAAAAUGAGUAACCGUCCCGAAAUACCGGAAAAAUAAUAAGUCGUAACUUAAUCGUAUGACUAGUGGAAAUUAUAAAUGAUUAAUUAUUAAAAUCAUAAAAGUUAUACAAGUCUGCAAUUGCUAGGUUACAUGUAUCUUUGCGUUAAAGUUUUUGU